CGCGUGUUGGUCCUGGACGUCGGGUAUCAGACGAUCGAUAUCGUGCCGUGGCAGCGAGCGAUGGUGCUGCAGAUGAUGAUGAAGGUGGACGUGAUCAGUUACUACGACGGGCCUUGGGCGCUGAGCGCGGAGGAGGCGUAUUACGUGCCGGCGGUGGUGCGCACGCGAUCUUACAAUAGGCACCAGAGUCACAAAACGCCUUUGAUUUCGUUGCAUAGAAAAAAUAUCUUCAUCAGGGAUGGGUUUCGGUGUCAGUACUGUGGGAAGGGUGAGAAUCUCACCGUCGAUCACGUGGUGCCGGCGUCGAAAGGUGGGCCCUGGGCGUGGGAGAAUCUCGCCACGGCGUGCGCGAAGUGCAACAACAAGAAGGGCGACAAAACGUUGUCACAAAGCGGGAUGCGGCUUCGAACGACGCCCACGGCGCCGACGGUGGCGAACAUGUGCAUGUAUACGCGCCAUGGACGGUUCGUAAAUCCACCGGAAGAGUGGGUGCCGUACAUA